UGUCUAAAUUCUAUUUCCCGAAUUUCGUCACAUGAUCAACAUACAUACAUGAAACAAACUGUCACAGACGACGAUGUCUUCAGAAAAGUUUGAGUCACUUGACGACGAUUUUACAACGAUUCUAGACAGUCUUAGAGAGAGAAUAGAGAGGAAGAUUCCAAAUUAUACUGGAGAGGAAAAGAAAACAGCCAUUAGGCAUGCAGAAAGAAAUAUGGAAGAAGCAAACAUCAUUCUCCAAGAAAUGGAAGCAGAGGCCAGAGUAGCUCCCGUGUCAGCUAGGACUCAAAUGUUGAGUAAGUUACGCAACUACAGAAGAGAAACUGAGCAACUCAACAGAUCAUUGAAAAAAGGUACAACUGGAGGUUUUGGUGGAACAGACACUUUUGGUUUUGACAGGAUUGAUAGGGUGGAGGCCUCACAAAGAGCUAGGUUAAUGGAGGGUACACAAAUCCUGAACAGAACUUCCGAGAGCAUCGCUCGGUCCCACCAGAUCUCCGCAGAAACGGACCAAAUCGGCGUGGAAACUAUAGAUGAACUAGGAAGACAGCGGGAUGUUCUAGAGAGGACCAAAGACAGGCUGGUUGAUACGGACUCAAAUCUUAGUCGAAGUCGGAAAAUUCUAAAAACAAUGGCCAUGAGGGUGAUGACCAAUAAGAUGAUACUGAUUGUGGUCAUCCUUUUAGAACUGGGUAUUUUAGGAGUAGUGAUAUGGUGGAAGUUCUUCAAAUAGCCCCCGGCCAAUACAAACUAUUACAUUGUAUGUGUGUACCCUUUCAUUUAUUUGGAACAGAGUUGCACAAUGGAAUAAGACAUCUGAAACUGAAAAAUAACUCCACAUUAAAAUGAAUGGGAAAAUCCAGCUACAAUUGUGCCUUUCUUAAAGAACAAAAAUCAUUCAAGAGAGAGAGAGAGAGAGAGAAGAAAGGAGGGGGAGAGUUUAAUAUGUACAUGUAU